AUGUCUCAAAAGGCCACUGAGCAGGUGAAACUUUCUGGGUCUAACGAGAAGCUCAAGUAUGGAGACCCGGAAAAACAUAGUAGUUCUCAGAACUCGGUGAUAGUUGCCGAGGAUGGUGAUAGACAAGUGUUUGAUAGCGGAGUGCAAAGAAAACUCAAAGCACGUCAUCUUGCGAUGAUUGCUUUGGGCGGCACUAUCGGUACUGGACUUUUCGUGGGAUCUGGAGGAGCUCUUGCCAAGGGUGGACCAGUCGGCAUAUUACUAGGCUACUUCAUUAUGGGUAUGGUAGUCUACAGCGUGAUGAUCGCGUUAGGCGAAAUGGCCACCCUUUUUCCCGUUUCAGGCGGGUUUAUGCAUUAUGCAUCACGAUUUAUCGACCCUGCCGUUGGGUUUGCGCUUGGCGUUAACUACUGGUAUUGCUGGGGGAUUGCUCUCCCAGUCGAACUCACUGCGGCUGCGAUCGUAAUUCAGUACUGGAACACAACCGUCAACAUAGCAGUCUGGGUCACCAUCCAAUAUGUGCUGAUUCUGAUCAUCAACUUUAUGGGUGUUCGAUGGUAUGGCGAAUUCGAAUUCUGGUUCUCGGCUAUCAAAAUUACGGCCAUUGUCGGCCUCAUUAUCUUGGGGGUUGCAAUCAACUGUGGAGCCGGUCCUGCCAGCACCGGAUAUAUCGGUUUCAAAUACUGGGUUGAUCCCGGCCCGUUCAAUCAAGUUGCAACUCAUGGUGGUGCUAGUUUUGUGCCGGGGGCAUGGGGACGAUUCUUGGCUUUUUGGAAUGUAUUCGUCCAAGCUGCGUUCUCGUUCAUCGGAACCGAAAUCGUUGCAGUCACAGUUGGAGAAGCUGAAAACCCGCGCCGGAAUGUUCCCAAGGCCAUUCGUCGAGUAUUUUGGCGUAUCAUUAUAUUCUACGUUGUCGGUAUUCUCAUUAUCGGGUUGAAUGUUCCAUACAACUCGCCCAGUUUGAUCAAUAAUUCGGGAGGUACUGCCAGUGCUAGCCCUUGGGUUAUUGCGAUUAGGACCGCUGGUAUCAAGGGGCUUCCGAGCGUUAUUAAUGCGGUUAUUCUCGUCUCAGCUUGGAGCGCUGGGAAUUCCGACUUGUAUGCGAGCUCCCGUACCCUUUACGCCCUAGCAAUCGAAGGUCAACUCCCCAAAUUCCUCAGGCGGUGUACUAAAGAUGGGCUGCCAGUGUGGGCUGUUUUCGUGACGUCGCUAUUCGGAGUGCUUGGGUACAUGAACGCAGGAUCCGCCACUGCGGUAACAGUAUUCAACUGGCUGUAUAACAUUUCAUCCAUUACUGGACUUAUCAGCUGGCUGGUCAUUCUAAUUGCCUACCUCCGAAUGUACUACGGGCUCAAGCGUCAAGGGCUAUCUCGUGACGACUUCCCAUACAUUGCGCCAUUCCAACCCUACGCAUCUUGGUUCGGGGCUAUCUUUGUGUCCUUGGUCAUAUUCUUCAAUGGCUUUACGAUUUUCCUGGCCGGAAACUGGGAUGUUUCAUCCUUCGUCGCCGCGUACAUCUGUUUGCCCAUAUUUGGGCUACUAUGGGCAGGAUGGAAGUUCUUCAAGGGCAGUCGAUGGGUUCGUCUAGAUGAGAUGGACUUUGUCACUGGUAGAAGUGAGUUGGACAGGAUGAACGAGGAGCAAGAGGCGCUCUAUGAGGCACCGAAGGGCUUCCUGGCCAGGUUGUGGGAUUGGAUGUUCUAG